GAGGGGGGACGGUCACGUGGGCCACCGGCGGCGCGACUCCGCUCAGGGAGCUCGUGGCUGCCGGCUCCUGCGACCGCCGUCCCUGCCCCUCGCCGGCGCCGCAGCCAAGUGCACUGCCGUCAGGUGGCCCUGGACGCGCCAGGCUGGGGCCGCCUCUGAGCGCCCCGCGGGGGCCAUGGAUGUCGAGACAGCAGAGGAGCAGGGGGGCCCCGCGCCCCCGCCAGGUGCAUCCUGCGGACCCGGCUCAGCCAGUGCUCCGGCUCUCGGGGGGCGGCGGGAGCCCAAGAAGUACGCAGUGACCGAUGACUACCAGUUGUCCAAGCAGGUCCUGGGCCUGGGCGUGAACGGCAAGGUGCUCGAGUGCUACCACCGGCGCACAGGGCAGAAGUGUGCUCUGAAGCUCCUGUAUGACAGCCCCAAGGCCCGGCAGGAGGUGGACCACCACUGGCAGGCCUCUGGCGGCCCCCACAUUGUGCGCAUCCUGGACGUAUAUGAGAACAUGCAUCACAGCAAGCGCUGUCUCCUCAUCGUCAUGGAAUGCAUGGAAGGUGGUGAGUUGUUCAGCAGGAUUCAGGAGCGUGGCGACCAGGCUUUCACUGAGAGAGAAGCUGCAGAGAUCAUGCGAGAUAUUGGCACUGCCAUUCAGUUCCUGCAUAGCCAGAACAUCGCCCACAGAGACGUCAAGCCUGAAAACCUGCUCUACACGUCCAAGGAGAAAGAUGCAGUGCUCAAGCUCACUGACUUUGGCUUUGCCAAGGAGACUACCCAAAAUGCGCUGCAGACACCCUGCUACACUCCUUAUUAUGUGGCUCCUGAGGUCCUGGGUCCAGAGAAGUAUGACAAGUCGUGUGACAUGUGGUCUCUGGGUGUCAUCAUGUACAUUCUCCUGUGCGGCUUCCCGCCCUUCUACUCCAACACGGGCCAGGCCAUCUCCCCAGGGAUGAAGAGGAGGAUCCGCCUGGGCCAGUAUGGCUUCCCCAAUCCUGAGUGGUCGGAGGUCUCUGAGGAUGCCAAGCAGCUGAUCCGCCUCUUGCUGAAGACAGACCCCACAGAGAGGCUGACCAUCACGCAGUUCAUGAACCAUCCUUGGAUCAAUCAAUCAAUGGUGGUGCCGCAGACCCCACUUCACACGGCCCGAGUGCUACAGGAAGACAAAGACCACUGGGAUGAAGUUAAGGAGGAGAUGACCAGUGCUCUGGCAACCAUGCGGGUGGACUAUGACCAGGUGAAGAUCAAGGACCUGAAGACCUCUAACAACCGGCUCCUCAACAAGCGGAGGAAGAAGCAGGGAGGCAGCUCCUCGGCCUCACAGGGCUGCAACAACCAGUAGCUCAUGGGGCCUUGGAGGAGCUGGCCUCUCAGCCUGGGGGACAGACUGGAGUGUGCUGAAGCCCUGACCCCCCAGCACCCAGGGUCAUUUUUUUAACAAAAGGAUUAUUUUGUUGUGUUUUAAUGUGUCACUUGGAACUUCAGGAUGGGGGACCAUGACCCCAAACCUCCUUGGGAACCCUAGAGAGGGGCCAGAGCCUGGGGGCCAGGGAGCCACCUGCUAUAGCUGUAGCCCCUUUGGCCAGAGUGGCCCGAGUGAGCCAGGGCUCAGUCCCGCCCUGGGGCAUGGCCUUAGACUUCUGGGCCAGUGGGAGUUGUGGCUUCCCUCCUUCCAUGGAGACACUCCCAUGUAGGGUAGGCAGAUGGGCCUGGCCCUGGGAAAGGCAUCCGGCCAUUGGUUGCCAUGGUGACCAGGGAUAGAGUUGCUGUCUGUGAAUGCUGAGUGAGUGAGCAAGGGAGAGAGAAGAGGCAAUUGAAGUUCUGCCUCUGUCUUCUCGGGGAGGCUGAUCUCCCUCACACUGCUUGCCCCUCUCAGGCUCCCCACUCUUUGGUGUCCCUGAGGCAAUAGGGUUAGUCUGCCUGCCUCCUGGGUGGUUCAGCCCUGUCUUGCUGCAAUCCCAUCCCACAGGGCCCUUGGAGCUCUCCCUCCAUGGAGUCCCUGGGCCCAGCCAUCCUGUUACUACCUACCCCCUACCCAAAGAGUGGCCUCUCAUCUCAACUGAGGGUGGGAGGUAUUUUUAACCUUUUUCUACUGUGGAAAAUGUUACUGUGACAAAAGCCAUCACAGGAUCCCAGACAGGACUCCAUAAUGGUUCAUCUUCCACCCUGUCCUGAUGGAUGACAGGGGCUGUCUCUUGGUGUAUUUUUAUGAGAGUGGAUGGCUGGGGGUAGGGCCAAGAGGCUCCCCAUUAAUCAGGGGUCUCUUUCUAUAUUCCGGGUGAGACCUGAGGCUGCUGACUGAUGCUUAGAAGGUCUGGCCCUGGCUUCAGCCUGAGUCAGAGCAGAGAGGGUCCCUUCCUUGCUGGUUCAGGCUUACCUAGCCCCCCACUGCCCAGGGUAGCCUUCGAGUGCUAAGUGCCUGAUAUGGGCCUGAUAAGUGCCUGACACUCAGGUUUCUGGUUCCUGACCCCUCUCACACUGGCUGGGAAACCCCAGACCACAUCAGAUAGGACAACACUGCUGAAUUUUACAUCCAGAUAUUAAUAAACACCAUUUUGGCAUUUU